AUGGGGAACUUACUUUCCUCCAACGAUUUCCCGGUACAAGGCAGAACCGUGGUGAUCGCCGGUGGCUCCCAGGGCAUGGGCCUCGCAGCUGGACGCCAGCUUGCCGAGCGGGGCGCAGACGUCGUGAUCGUCGCGCGCGACCAGAGCAAGCUGCGCGAAGCGUUCGAGUACAUACGGCAAGGCGCCCCGGAUCCCCAGGCCCAGCGCUUCCUCCAGAUCAGCGCCGACCUGACCUCGCCGUCCGAGUCUGUGCGCGUCAUCGCCGAGGUAGUGGCAUGGAACCAUGGGCAUCCGCCAGAUAUCGUGUGGUGCUGUGCGGGCAGCUCGCAUCCGACGCUGUUCGUGGACACACCCGUGGCGGAGUUCAAGACCCAGAUGGAUAGCAAUUACUUCACGAGUCUGUACAUGGCACACGCGACCAUGACUUCCUGGCUCAAGAUACCACACAAGAACCUCGUCGACCCCGCCAGACCUGCUUCAUCUUCAUUGCCGGCGCGCCAUCUCAUCUUCACCGCCUCCUUCCUGGCAUUCUACAGCUUCAGCGGCUACUCGUCUUAUAGCCCAUCCAAAGCAGCGCUGCGCUCCCUCUCCGACAGCCUGUCCCAGGAGAUGAACUUGUACUCUGCGGCCCAUCCUAGUGAGCCGCGUGUUCGUGUCCACACUGUGUUCCCUGCCACGAUCCUGACGGAGGCUUACGAAGCCGAGAAUCUUAUCAAGUCCGACCUGACCAAGGUGCUGGAGGAAGGGGACGGCGGACAGACCCCCGAGCUCGUGGCUGCUAGGAGCAUCAAGGCAUUGGAGAGCGGACAGGAGCUCAUCACCACAGAUCUGCUGACGGGACUGGUCAAGAGAAGCAUGCUAGGAGGCAGUGUACGCGGUGGCUUCUGGAGGGCAAUGGGAGACUGGAUCCUUGCUUGUGUGAUGGGUCUCGUAAUGAUAUUCGUGAGGGACGACAUGGAUCGAAAAGCAAAGGCAUGGGGUCGCAAAUUCGGCGCUUCGGGUAUGAAGGGAGACGGCAAGCAGGCGUAG